AUGGCAACCCAAAGCGCUGCUCAGCAUCUUAUCUCGGGUGCCAUGUCGGGGCUGGCCUCAUCGGUCGUGCUCCAGCCAUUGGACCUGGUCAAGACUCAGCUGCAAAGAGGAGGGAAUGGAAAGGGCAUAGCUGGGAUACUCGGGAUCGCGAAGAAUACUGUGGACAAGAAAGGUAUUACUGGACUUUGGAGAGGUUUGACACCUACAGUUGCGAGAUCCGUUCCUGGGGUAGCAAUUUACUUUUAUGCACUUCAGUCCGUAAGGGGCCGACUUGUAAAAUUUCCUUCGCUUGCAGCACCUAGUUCAACAGCAAAUGAAAAAGGUUCUGCACUCCCGAAACUUAGACCUGAAGCCAACCUAGCCUCUGGCGCGUGCACCCGUGUCGCGGUCGGAUUUCUAUUGAGCCCACUGGCAGUUUUGAAGGAGAGUGGUGCAUUCGAAUAUACUUCGAUUCCUCAAGGUCUAAGAUCAUUGGUGCAAACAUCCGGUAUACGAGGUCUUUGGCAAGGGUUCCUCCCGUCGGUGUUCCGGGAUGCACCAUAUGCGGGCCUAUUUGUGGCAUCUUACGAGGCUGCCAAAAAUCAUGGAGAAAAAUUGUUCGAUACUAGCGUGCCUUCCACGGCUGCAGUUGUCCACAGCGGUGCAGGCAUGUUUGCAGGGUCAUUCGCCACCUUCAUGACUCAUCCGUUGACAUGGUCAAGCAUGCAAGUGCGUUCCGAGCCCGAAUUCAACUCUUUUCGCGGCACCUUUUCUGCUAUAUUACGGGAAUCGGGUCUGCUAGGAUUUUAUAGCGGCAUGUCUCUUCGUAUGACACGCAAGAUGUGCAGCUCUGCGAUCGGGUGGACUGUUUACGAGGGAAUGCUAUUGGCAUUUAAGAAGCGAGACGAGCUAUUGAGACAACGAGAGAGGCAUGAAUCGGUUACUACGAUCACUGCUUAA